UGCAGUUUAUCUCCACAGCUACAGUCUUUCUCGAGUUUUGGAAAAGGCGGAGAGCUGUAUUGACCUAUGACUGGGACCUCAUAGACUGGGAAGAUGAAGAGGAAGAGCUGCGCCCCCAGUUUGAAGCUAAAUAUUCCCAAGUGGAAAGAGUAAAUCCCAUCACAGGAAAACCUGAACCUUUUCAGCCUUUCCCUGAUAAGCUCAGUCGACUGAUGGUGUCUGUCUCAGGAAUAUUCUUCAUGAUUUCACUGGUCCUCACUGCAGUGUUUGCAGUUGUGGUGUACCGUCUGGUAGCCAUGGAACAGUUUGCUUCUUUCAAGUGGUAUUUCAUCAAGAAGUAUUGGCAGUUUGCUACAUCUGGCACUGGAGUCUGUAUCAAUUUUAUGAUCAUCAUGUCACUCAACGUUGUAUAUGAAAAGGUUGCCUAUCUCCUCACAGACUUAGAGCACCCUAGGACAGAAUCUGAGUGGGAAAACAGCUUUGCCUUGAAAAUGUUCCUCUUCCAGUUUGUCAACUUGAACAGCUCCAUCUUUUACAUUGCCUUUUUUCUUGGCAGAUUUGCAGGCCGCCCAGGAAAGUACAACAAGCUUUUUAACAGAUGGAGACUGGAAGAGUGUCAUCCUAGUGGCUGCUUGAUAGAUCUCUGUUUGCAAAUGGGAGUUAUUAUGGUUUUAAAACAAAUGUGGAACAACUUCAUGGAACUAGGCUAUCCUUUGUUACAGAAUUGGUGGUCACGACGCAAAAUGAAGAGAGGAGGCCAGUUAAUGGAGCAUAAAGUUUCUCUGCCUCAGUGGGAGAAAGAUUGGAAUCUGCAGCCCAUGAACCUCCAUGGUUUAAUGGAUGAAUACUUAGAGAUGGUUUUACAGUUUGGCUUUACCACCAUCUUCGUUGCUGCCUUCCCACUGGCACCUCUCCUGGCACUGCUGAACAACAUCAUCGAAAUAAGGCUGGAUGCAUACAAGUUUGUCACGCAGUGGCGGAGACCUAUGCCUGCAAGAGCAACAGAUAUAGGUAUCUGGUAUGGGAUUCUGGAAGGAAUUGGAGUUUUGGCUGUCAUCACCAAUGCCUUUGUUAUUGCCAUUACUUCUGAUUACAUUCCACGUUUUGUCUAUGCAUACAAAUAUGGUCCCUGUACAGAUCAAGGAUACAGACAAGAAAAAUGCUUAAAAGGAUAUGUCAACAGCAGUCUAUCAGUAUUUGAUUUGAGUGAACUUGGGAUGGGAUACUCGGGCUACUGCCGGUAUAGAGAUUACAGAGCCCCACCGUGGAGUUCAACUCCAUAUGAAUUCACUUUGCAGUUCUGGCACGUCCUGGCAGCACGGCUGGCCUUCAUCAUAGUGUUUGAGCACCUUGUUUUUGGAAUAAAGUCUUUCAUUGCCUACCUGAUUCCAGACAUGCCCAAAGACUUGUGCGACAGAAUGAGGAGAGAGAAGUACUUAGUCCAGGAGAUGAUGUAUGAGGCUGAACUGGAGCAUUUGCAGAAAGAAAGGAAAAAGAAUGGGAAACAGUAUCACCACGAAUGGCCUUAG